AUGUCACUGCCGAGCGCAGGGGCCGGCCGGGCUCUUGCUGGCUGCAGCAGACCUGCUGGCAUUGCCUUACAUGGCUACAUCCCCGGGACGGCGCAGGCCGUGCUCGCUUGGCUGCUGGCGGCUCUGGAGAGCGACAUCCAGGGGAUAGUGAAGGUGGGGGCAGCGGAGACUCCGCGACAAAGUGCACAACCUCACAGCUGCGAUGCUGGAGGUGGGCACGAGCCCCUGAGCCAGACGGCCACCAAGCUAUCCCACAUGGAGACACAGAUCUCCAUGGGCCCAGGCUGCCCAUGCCAAGCCAAACCCCGGCUGUCACCGGGCAACGGCCCCGCCCCCCCGAUCCCGCGGCUGGGCAUCGCGCCCUACAACUGGAACACGGAGUGUCUGCGGGGCGAUGCGGAGGCGCCCGGCUGGGCCACGGCUUUCCCCCAGGCGCUGGGGCUCGCUGCCGCCUUCAGCCCUGAGCUCGUCUACCGGGUGGCCAAUGCCACUGCCACCGAGGUGAGAGCCAAGCACAACAACUUUGCUGCCACCGGCCGCUACGGUGACCACACAGGGCUCAGCUGCUUCAGCCCCGUCCUGAACAUCAUGAGGCACCCGCUGUGGGGCAGGAACCAGGAGACCUACGGGGAGGACCCGUUCCUGAGCGGGGAGUUGGCCCACAGCUUCGUGCAGGGGCUGCAGGGUCAGCACCCGCGCUAUAUCAAGGCCAGUGCCGGCUGCAAGCACUUCAGCGUGCAUGGGGGCCCUGAGAACAUUCCCGUCUCCAGGCUCAGCUUUGACGCCAAGGUGCUGGAGCGGGACUGGCGCACCACCUUCCUGCCCCAGUUCCAGGCGUGUGUGCGCGCUGGCUCCUACAGCUUCAUGUGCAGCUACAACAGGAUCAACGGCGUUCCCGCCUGCGCCAACAAGAAGCUGCUGACAGACAUCCUGCGUGGCGAGUGGGGGUUUGAGGGCUACGUGGUGAGCGAUGAAGGAGCCCUGGAGCUCAUCAUGCUGGGGCACCACUACACGCGCACCUUCCUGGAGACGGCGGUCGCCUCGAUGAACGCCGGCUGCAACCUGGAGCUCUCCUACGGCACAAGGAACAAUGUCUUCAUGCACAUCCCCCAGGCUCUGGUCAUGGGCAACAUCACGCUGCAGAUGCUGCGUGACCGGGUCCGGCCCCUCUUCUACACGCGGAUGCGGCUGGGGGAGUUCGACCCCCCGGCCAUGAACCCCUACAGCGCCCUGGACCUGAGCGCUGUGCAGAGCCCCGAGCACCGCAACCUCUCGCUGGAAGCUGCUAUCAAGAGCUUUGUGCUGCUGAAGAACACACGGGGGACGCUGCCCCUCCGGGCCUGGGACCUGCCCAGCCAGCGCCUAGCGGUGGUGGGACCCUUCGCUGACAACCCCCGGGUGUUGUUUGGGGACUACGCGCCGGUGCCGGAGCCACGUUACAUCUACACUCCCCGGAGAGGGCUGGAGACACUGCCGGCCAACGUCACCUUCGCGGCAGGCUGCCGUGAGCCACAGUGCCAGCAGUACUCGCGGGCAGAGGUGGUGGGUGCGGCGGCGGUAGCCGACGUGGUGGUGGUCUGCCUGGGCACAGGAACGGGUGUGGAGACGGAGGCAAAGGACCGGAGGGACCUGUCCCUGCCAGGCCACCAGCUGGAGCUGCUGCAGGACGCCGUGCAGGCGGCUGCCGGGCGCCCCGUCAUCCUGCUGCUGUUCAACGCGGGGCCCCUGGAUGUGAGCUGGGCGCAGGCGCAUGAGGGCGUGGGCGCCAUCCUGGCCUGCUUCUUCCCUGCCCAGGCCACCGGCCUCGCCAUUGCCAGGGUCCUGCUGGGUGAGGCAGGGGCCAACCCGGCCGGCAGGCUGCCAGCCACAUGGCCCGCGGGCAUGCACCAGGUACCACCGAUGGAGAACUACACCAUGGAGGGGCGGACGUACCGGUACUACGGGCAGGAGGCCCCGCUCUACCCCUUUGGGUACGGGCUGUCCUACACCACGUUCAAGUACCGGGACCUGGUGCUGAGCCCCCCAGUGUUGCCCGUCUGUGCCAACCUCUCCGUGUCUGUGGUGCUGGAGAACAUGGGGCAGCAGGAUGGCGAGGAGGUGGUGCAGCUGUACCUGCGGUGGGAGCAGUCAUCCGUGCCAGUGCCCCGCUGGCAGCUGGUGGCUUUCCGCCGCGUGGCUGUGCCGUCCGGCCGGGAGACCAAGCUGUCCUUCCAGGUGGCGGCCGAGCAGCGCGCCGUCUGGGCACAGGGCUGGCGCCUCGAGCCUGGCACCUUCACCCUCUUUGCCGGUGGGCAGCAGCCGGGCCAGCAGACACGGGCGCCCUCGGAGGUGCUGACCGCGCGGUUCACCGUCACCGGCGCAGCCCGGCCCCUGCGUGGGUGCUAG